CAAAGCCGAAAGCCACCAGCAUUGAUCGACGACACAAAGACAACGCCUUCCUCUUGUUCACCGGCAAUUUCCCUGUGGCAUUGGAUCUACUGCUACCGUAGCUGACUAGAUGAAGAAUCGCCGCAGCAGCAAGAAGAAGGGAGGGAAAAAGAAGAAGGCUUCGUCCUCGAUGAAUCACCAGUGCGACACCAACGGAACGAAAACUCCAUCUCCUCCAACGGCGAAUGCGACAGCUCCUCCACCAGCGACCACCACAAAGAAACCCAGUCAAUGUCUCCAUGGAAGUCCAGAAGGAUAUGCUGAUGAUGUAGGCCAAGACAAGCUGGACGCCUUCUUGGCUGAUAUGUUUUCGAUGAAAGGCGUCCUCAUUGUGGCCAUGCAGAAGCUUCGUUUGAUUCACCCCUUGAUCGAGCACCCGGACACUGCCCAGUUUCUGUAUUCUCUUUCUUCUAGUUUUUGGAUGCCAAUGAUACAGGACCGGACUUUCACUACAAAAGAGAGACACGACAAAGCAGACUUGGCUUUCCAGGCAGCCAUUUUCUGCGACAAGUGCUUCAAGAAGAGACCCCAGUCCGUAGCAGAGGCGCUUGAUGAGAGUGCUCGUGUACAGUGGUGUUUUGUCAAGCAUUGUGGAAGCGUGCUUGACUCUAUCACAUAUUUGGACAAGAAGAUUCCAUGUGACUGUUUGUCUCGCUUCAAGCAGACCUUGAUAGAAGAUGGGAGCGAAACCCGCUGUUGUGAAGUCUGCCUCAAGACCGUGGCAAAAACCUUGUGGUGUUCAAAGUGCUUGAUGAGAGAAUAUUGCAGCAAAGAAUGUCAGGUAGCUGACUGGCCACGACAUAAGAGAGUCUGUAGGCUUCUUUGUGGCAAAGUCACUUCCCAUGCGUUUGUCCUCGAGGAGAGAAAGGUCAUGCCUGGAGAACCAUGCCAAUGCGAAAUCUGCACCUUGGGCGUAUCAUCAGCUCCAGCCAGCAGCGACGCCUAGCUGAUUGAACCAUUCAAUCGAAUCGAAUCAUUCGCUUUCAACAAUUGUCAAACCAGCGACAUCUAUAAGCGAAUCUUGUGAUGUACCGGUACCUGUUUGGCUGCACUACAACAUGUGCCUUUCCCAUUUCAUUUACGGCCCCAUUGUGACAGACCAGCCACGACACAGACACACCUGUACGGCACGCAAGGAAGCACGGAGGAAAGUCUGUUCAGCGACAUCCAUCAAUUCCCGAUCUCUGGUCAGCUUAGUAUUCAAAUGUAUCUUGUGUCUAAAAUAAGUUUGAUUUAUCUGUUCU